AUGGAGUACGACGAAGAAGUGGACAAAUGCCCGGCAGAGUACGCACCUUAUCGGACGACGCUCGACGAGAGCGAUCUUCGCCUCGCUAAGGACGAACUGCGUGAAGACGACGACAUUCGCCAGCCCUCGAUCGCCCAGAUGCGCCAGUUCAUUGCGAAACACCCCCAGAUAGUCCGCUGCCGGACGGAUCCCGUGUUUCUGCUGCGAUUUCUGCGCUUCACCAAAUUCAAUGUGGCCGAGGCGUGUGCGAUUCUGGAGCGGCUGCUGGCGCUGGUGAUGCGAUCGCGCGAUGCGUACGGCGAGUUGGCGGAUCCGCUGCAUCCGAGUGUGGUGCGGAUGCUGGAUCUAGCGGCGAUCGUGCCGCUAGGGUACGACGAGCGGAAACGUAUGGUGGUCCUGUGUCGCGUUGGUGCACUGGACCCGAAAACGACCACCUCGCUGCUGCAAAUGAAGCUGGGAGGACUGAUCGUCGGUACCUGCCAGGAAUACGAGCGGAUCCAGGUGCACGGGCUCGUGGUCAUCAUGGACUUCUCCGGUAUGUCGAUGGCGCAUGUCGGCAUGUGGAGCCUCAGUGACGUACGGCUGAUGGCCGAGUACGUCAACGAGCUGAUCGCGAUGCGCGUCAAGGAGGUGCACAUGACACAGGUGCCCAAGUUUGCCUGGCUCCUGCUGGAUCUCUUCCUUCCGCUGCUGAGUGCCAAAAUGAAGGAACGAUUUAAGUUCCAUCGCACGAUCGAUGAGCUGCGCGGCUCGCUGGAUCUGGACCCUUCCCUGUUACCGACGAUCUACGGUGGGCGACAGUCGCUGGAGAAAGCGAACGAUAACUUUCGCUCAAUGUUCGAACGGCAACGGAAAUGGUUCAGGAUUGAACAACAGCUACACAUGGACCUGUCGGUGCCGGGCCCACAAUCAACCGGCACCGCACGUGGCCACCGGAACGGGUUCCGCGACGAAGAAGCGAUGGUCGGCAGCUUUCGUAAGCUAACCGUUGAUUAG